GUUGGUCGUCAAGGGAAAAGGCGGUUAAAUUUUGGAUAUUUUUGUUUUACUGAUUACAUUAAAUCUCUAAUAUUGUUGAUCUUAAUUUGUAUCAUCUAAAAACAAUUAAACUAAUUGAGUAAAUUAAUUGUUGACUUACCUGGUUGAUAAGUGGAUCAUCUUUAAUCUUUUUUGUUUAUCGGUUUUUUUGUUCUUUUAAUAAUGAGUGAGAAAAGGAAAUCAACUUCUUUUCUUGGAGACUUGUCAUCGCCCAAUGUAAGGAGAACCUCAAGUCAGUAUCAUCUUAAAUGUAUUCCCACUCCCGUUGAUGUUUCUGGUGAUGUUACCCCUGCACGACAUGAUUCUUUCCGGCCAACCCCUGUUAAAAGCUCAGGUCGUCGUAAAACAAGUCCCCUUUCUGUGAACAAAUGUCUGACACCUAUUAAAUUAACUCCAGUCAAUAUUAGCUUACCACCUGUUAAUGAUCAGAUUGAUGGAAUCAAAAGUUCAACCACUAAAGAAAUAAAAUUAGCUGAAAGUGUCAAAGAAGAUAAUGUUAUCCGUGUUAUUGAGGUUCCUCAACUUUCAGGAGCUAAACCUCUUAUCAAUGAAACAGCCAAUAAAGAGAAUUCUCUUCUCAUGGUUCCCACACCUAAGAUGCCCAAGAGAGAAAUUGUCACACCGACUUUUCGAAUUAAAAGAUCGAAUCUUCUUAAUGAUUUGGGUAAACUAUUCGACAAUGUACCAAUCGAUCAAUUUAUGAAUGGUGUUAAAGAGGAAUCUUUUGAUGAGAUGACAUUUUGUGGACAAUUGAUGUCUUUAGAAGAGGAACCACCUGAGGAAAAAACUAACGAAGAGUUGACCGAGUCUACUCUUGUUAAAUAUCUUUGUGAAUCAUGGAAAACUUUAACUGCAGCUCAAACCAAAAGAGACAAAUUAUACGAAGUUAAAUGUUCACUCGGAUCACGUAUUGUUCAAUUUUGUGAUAACAUUUAUCGUGGGCUGGACUCAUUAAGCUCUCGACAACCUGAGGUUAAAUCUAUGAUUGAACUAUUUCUCAGUCUUAGUAAUCUUCGUGAACUCUCUCGUUGUUGGUUGAUCGCAUGUCCAACAGAAUCAGCGACUAUUUAUGAAGAAACUUUAUCCAAAUUAUUCAAAUCUUGUGAGGAAGCAGUUAAUUCACUCCAAGGAUCAGGAUUAAAGUCUAAAAGAGUUGCCCAAAAGUCGCUUGAGAAACUUGUCUUCCUAACUGGUAAAAGAUUACUUGAAAUUAACGCUUCUUUGGAAGAAUCAAUUUGGGCUAUUCUGGUCGAAGAUGUUCAAGAUAAUCUUGCCAAAGGAAGUUCAACUCAAUUCUCUGUCACUCUUCACACUCUUAUCGACCAAAUAUCUAAAUCUCAAAUGAAUGUUUCAUCUAUGGCCCACCAAGCUUUCGUCAACAAUAAAACAGAAUCUAUUCGAUCUCUUCUGGAAACAUCGAUUGAACUUUUGGAUGAAUUACAACAAGUGAUGAGAAAAUUUAAAAUGUGGCAUGAAUUUCACAAUGGAGAAAAUACCAUGACCAAAAUGUAUGAGAUACAAUUUUUAUGGCAUUCGGAAAAUUACCAAUACCUUAACCUGCUUUAUUCAUUGAUCAUUGAUUACACUCAAAAUAUUACCAAAAUAAUCGAGGAACCAGGAAGUAUCACAGAAUUACCUUUGAUGGAUAAAAUUUUGGAUAGUAUUAAGACAAAUCUAAGUGGUAUUCAAAGUUCUCUGCCAUUUUCAUCAGAAAGUGAAACUGAAGGUGAAAAUACAUCCGAAUCAGUGACACUUCUCAAUGAUCUUGAACAAGUUAUUCGACAGUCAAUCAUCAUAAUAACCAAGCAAAGUAAUCUAAUUACAACAUCAUUCAUCUGUUGCAAAGGAAUACUCAAAAAAGCACCAACCUAUUUUUCAUCCGCAUUGGAAUUGUCGACUCAAUCUAAUGAAGCCGAACCCGAUGAUGGAAACGUUAAUCGUAGAGUUCAUUUCUCCGACAGUAUUUUAGAUACUGCAAAAUCCGAUGAAACAAAAUGUAAUUAAUUAUUACUCCCUGAUCCUUUUGUGUUUCUCUCUCGAAUAUUUUUCUAAAUCAAUUAUAUUAUUGUCAUGAAAAUCUAUGUAAGUUAUAUUCUUUUUGUCUCUCUCUCUCUCUCUCUCUCGCUCUCCCUUUCUUUCUUUAAAUGUGUCUACUAUCAAAAACAUAUAAAUAUAACAAAUAACUGUACAACACGUGGAAUGAUAAUGUUAGGAAUAAAUUUAUUCCAAUGAA